ACGAACUUACUCCAACAAUCACCACUUUCCGAGACCGAGCCACAUCUCGUCAUCAUGUUCAAACGAAAACCCGACAUCAGAAAUCUGGCGCCUUUGCGCUCCUCAGAUCGGCGAAAGCUCGCCGAUCAAAUCAUCCGCGACUAUCAAGUCUCUAUCCCAGAGUCCAGCGACGAUGCGUCAUCAGGGACACAAUCACAGACGAUAUUGCGCAACUCACUUCUACCAGAGUCAACUUCAUCAGCUCGUUUCAUCACACCAACGGAACAAGGAACGGUGUACAUAGGCGCACAUCCGGAUCAAGAUGAGAGAGUCCUCUGGUUUCAGACUGGAAAGAACCCCCGCUUAAUACCAACCGUGUACACUUUGUGGCGUAACCCUAACCUCAUCCCACUUCUGCAUACGCCCGAUUUUGUGGUUGAGGAGAAGUUGAAGCAUGGCGCCGACUUGAUGGUUCCUGGGCUGGUAAAAGCCAGAGGCACCAGCUGGGAUACACGAGCGAGCACUGGCGCUGUUGUGGCUGUCGCGGGGAUGCAAAAUGACACAGUGCCUGUUUGGGUUGGGACAUGUCAAAUAGAUGUGCGAAACCUGCCAGAUGAUGUGCGGGGGCAGAAGGGUGCGGCUAUCAAGGCUCUUCACUGGGUUGGUGAUGAGUGCUGGAGUUGGAAGCAACUUGGCAGUGGAGGAAUUGACCCGCCUUCGAACUUGGAAGGUUGGGAAGGACUUGCAGCAGGGCUGGCUACCCAAGCUAACAAAAUGUCUCUGGAAGAAGAGGCUCAAUCAACAGAGUCAGCGCCAGCUGACCAAGAAUCUCAAGCCAACGAGGUCCAAGAAGGUGAUGAGGCAGACGAGGAGCACGAACCGACGACAAAAGAAAUCGACGAUGCGUUCCAUCAAGCCUUCCUCUUCGCAGUCCACAAAGCCAAAGAAUCUGGCAGCCCGCCACAUUUUGGCCUGCCGUUCCCUCUCCAGCCCUCUUUCAUCAUCGCAAACAUGGUCCAGCCCAACCUCCGAUACCAGAACCCAAAGUACUACAACAUCAAGAAGACGUCAUGGAAGAACGCCAAAAAGUUCAUCAAGCAUCUCGACAAAGAGCAGAUCGUAAAGUCUAAAGACAGAAAUGGUGGAGAAACCGUCAUUUUGGACAUUGACUUUGAUGAUCGGCAGGUGUUGGGCUUCCGGCCUUAUCGAUUGCCGACCCUGAAGACUACCAGUGGAGAUGCUUCAGCGUCAGAUGCCGGGCAAGCCACAGGAACGGGCUCAUCUGCGGGGCAGAAGGUCAACAUCCAGAUGGUCUACCGCGUAUCUUCAAAACUCGUACCGACUCUUGUGCCCUCCAAGACCGAUUUCUACACCGCGCAGGAGAUCUCAGCAGCUAUCAAGUCAUACAUCGACCAACAUCCUGAACUAGGCGGCCAAGGGAACUCCAGCGUCAAACUCGACCCAUUCCUCGCCAAUGACAUCCUGGGCAACAAACCAUCCGACGAAGACGUCAGCUUUCUCGCCGCAGGACGCAUCCCCCGAAGUACCCUCCAAAAGCGAGUGAUCGAGGAUACUCAUCUCUGCCAACCCUUCCACAUCAUCUCCCAAGGCGCUCCCUCACCCGACCAAAAGCCAAAAUCCGGCUCACCACCUCGGAUCUUGAUAACAAUCGAGAAACGAACAGGUACAAAGGUCGUCACCAAGAUUUCCAACCUGGAGCCCUUCUUCAUCGACCCUCAGGUCCUUGCACCGGAAUUACAGAAGAAGUGCGCGGGUUCUGCGAGUGUAGGCCAAGUUGCUGGUGCGAAACCUGGAUUGAUGGAGGUUGUUGUUCAGGGUGAUCAGAGGAAGAUUCUCGCCAAGGAGAUUUUGGCGAGGAAGGGCAUUGAUGCGAAGUGGGUGGAUGUUGUGGAUAAGACGAAGCCCAAGAAGAAGAAGUAGACGGAGAUUAAGAAUACGCUUAGUAAAGCAUCACCGGGUGAUCGAACCAGAAUCUGCAAGACCUCCAAAGGGAAUUUUAUAAGAGGAUUGGAUGGUACAUGGAUAGAAGUCAGGCAAACAAAGAGACUUUUAGUAAUGACAUUACCGCACUCUGGUGCAAAACAAAAUUGAUCCGGGGUCUCUCCC